GUCCGCCUGGCGCUCGGGUGUGAAGACCGGGCCGGGGGGCGCUACCGCUGAACCCUGCGGCAGUGCGGAGUCUUGGAGAGGAAGGGAUGCCAUCCGGUCGCGAGGAGUUUGAAAAUGCGCUCCUCGGGGAGCAGGUCCCUCUUGGUGAUUCCCAAAAGACCCUCUGAAACAAGAAUGCCAUCCCCACUGAGGUCCCCACACCAGUCCCUCAGUAAUCUUGAGACCACCCUUGAGGAGCCUGAGGCUGCACGACUGAAAUUCCGUGGAUUCUGCUACAAAGAGGUGGCAGGGCCCAGAGAGGCCCUGACCCGGCUGAGAGAGCUGUGUCGCCAAUGGCUGCGGCCUGAGUCAUGUUCCAAGGAACAGAUGUUAGAGCUGUUGGUGCUGGAACAGUUUGUGGGCACACUGCCCCCUGAGAUCCAGUCCUGGGUGCAAGGGCAGCGGCCAGGCAGCCCUGAGGAAGCUGUAGCUCUAGUUGAAGGGCUACAGCAUGACCCUGGGCAGCUGUUGGGCUGGAUCACAGCCCACAUCCUGAAGCCAGAGGUGCUUCCUGCAGCCCAGAAGACAGAGGAGUCCUCAGCAAGCCCCUGCCCCUCAGGAACAGUGGAGUUCUCUGGGGCAGCCCCUGGAGAGGGUCCACAUAAUGCCAGGAUGGAAGGGUCUACCCAGCUCAGCUGCAGUGUGAAGGAGGAGCCCAGUGCUGAUGGGCAGCAUCACCGCCCAGUCCACUGCUUCCAACUGAGUCUCCCAAGGGGCAUCUUAGACACCAGGACACAGCCUCCACUUCCUUCCACCCACCCAGGAUUCAGGAGGCGUGGGGGCUGCUGGACCCAUCACAGAAGGAGCAGUACUGGGACGCGAUGCUGGAGAAGUACGGCACGGUGGUCUCGCUGGCAGGGCUGCCACCCCCGCCAGCCAAAGAGCGGGCUGAAUCCAAGUCAGAGCCUGACCGUGAGCCAGAGCUGGGGACACCAUGCUCCGGACCCGAGUGCCAGCAGUAGCCAGUCAAGUCUUUUUACAUUACAUCACCGCCACUCUUCUGCCUGUCUUCCACUUAUAAGGAGGACCUUUGUGAUGACUUUGGGCCCACUUGGAUGCUUCAGUCUCCCAUUUCAAGCUACCUUCACCUUAAAGUGGAACACCAUUACAACCUACCGUAUGGGAUGCAUUUGUAAUGCCAGAUUCAUGGGACCUCAGUAGACCUCCAGGAGCCGAAUCCGAUGCAAUCACAAGAGUCUUUAUUGCCAGCUCGAGCCUGGACUCACAACCGUUCCCGAUGCAAUGGUCCCGGUCCUUUGUCCAGGGAGAUUUUAUAGGUUUUGGGGGAUACUCUGUGCAUCACAACAUCACACAGCAAAUCAUUCCAUACCGCAGGAAAGUCAAACAACAACUCUUUUUUUUUUUAUUGGUUGUUCAAAACAUUACAAAGCUCUUGACAUAUCAUUUCAUACAUUAGAUUCAAGUGGGUUAUGACAACAACUCUUUUUUUUAAAUAUAUUUUUUUAAAGAGAGAGUGGGAGAGGAGAGAGAGAAUUUUUUUUAAUAUUUAUUUAUUUUUUUUAGUUUUCGGCGGACACAACAUCUUUGUUUGUAUGUGGUGCUGAGGAUCGAACCUGGGCCGCACGCAUGCCAGGUGAGCGUACUACAGCUUGAGCCACAUCCCCAGCCCAUGACAACAACUCUUAACAUUGAUUAGCACAUUCACUGGCAGGAACAAGUUGGGUAAAGGUGAUUGGCUAGUACAAGAGGGGGGGUUCCUUUGAACUGAUUAGUUUAAACCACAAGGGGUGUACUUACUAAACUACAUGGUUUCCCAACAUGUUAUCUACCACCAUAAACUACUGGGGGUCAUCUGGCAUCCCAGGUAUUUCCCUGUCUCAUGCUGAUUGGUGGUUGCUAGGGGGCUGCUGUGGAUCCCCACCUAGCCUGACUGAGUCAGGGACACCUGGUGCAGCAGAUCUCUCCUGUUAUUUGUAGACAAACAACUCAGCAGGUGGGUAUGUGCUUAGGAGUGCUCUGUGGGUUUUUCCAAGGACAAAGGUCACACCCACUUCCUUUGUCAGGCUUUGCGCUGAGGUAGAGGCUGGUUUCUCAAAAAUGGAGUCCCACUAGUUUCUCACAUGAAAGGGUAAGAUAAGGUGUCGAUUGAAAAGUACCAGCCCUAGCUUGACCCCCAGGCACCCCAUGAGUGUUCUCAGACACAAGUUUAUUCCUAUAGUUGUUUAUGAUGAUUCUCUCAAAUGACAGGCAAGACAGACAACAUGUCUGUCAGGAGCUGCCACAUAGGAACCAGAUGCCCCUUAGCCUUGAGCAAUGAGAAUGUGGAGAUGUGACAAGCCAGCCAUGGGGUGUGUGUGUGUGUGUGUGUGUGUGUGUGUGUGUGAGAACUACGAGCAUUGAGUGCCAAAGUGGACUGAACCCACUUUGCCCCUCUGUUUGGGCGAGCUUGGCUCUGGUCUUUUCGCUGGCUCUGCCUGUGAUCCCCACACAGCUCAUGAGAUGGGCAUGGCCUUCCUAGAUGUCAGUCGGCCUGCUGACAGUAGACAACACAAAGCUAGACUCAACCCCUGGAACCUGACCCCUGGCCUCAUUUGAAUAGCUUCUCCCCAAUAAAAGGGUUCAGCUCCUCUCUCUCUUUCCACGGACAUCUAAGAUCAGAGGAGCUGUCAUAAGACCCAAGAAAAUGGUAUUUCUCGGGCUGGGGAUGUGGCUCAAGCGGUAGCGCGCUCGCCUGGCAUGCGUGCGGCCCAGGUUCAAUCCUCAGUACCACAUACAAAGAUGUUGUGUCCGCCAAUAACUAAAAAAUAAAUAUUAAAAAAAUUC